UGUACCGCUGCUGAACCCUACAGCCUCGGUGGGCUGUUGUUUUCAGAAAAGAAAAAAAGGAGGAAAGAUCAAAUAAGACCGCGUCUCACAUCAUUGUCCACCCCAGCAGUCGUUCCUAGAACUUUCUAAAAUUCUAUUAUGAUCCACUAGCCAGUUCUUCCAAAAAUAAUUUCAUAGCACUUGUUAAUAAUAAUAAUAAAAAAGAGGGUAGUAUAUAAAAUGUUACAAAUCCUAUUCAUUUUGACUUGAGCAAUCCCCUGAAAACCGGGUCCUUCGUAAUACACGACUACACAAAGGACCAUCCUGUUGCUUAACAUCUAAUGUGUUGUGUCUACCAAGUGUUUCUCAAUUGAGUGUCCACGAGCGUUGUGAGAGCGAGAGAGAGAGAGAGCGAGAGAGAGAACGCGCGCGAGAACGAAAGGGAUAAAAAGAGAACUUUUAAGAGCACAUUUUAUUUCCACAACCUAUACAAAAAAAAAAAAAUUACUUUUUCCUCUUAGGCAUAGCGUGAGUGUACCUCAAUUACUCGCUAUCACCCGGUGCUUAAGAUUACACGCAACCGAAUUGUUGGCCUCAGUGCCACUCAAGACCGUCAACUGGGCUACACACGCAUAAGGCCAACACUCUCACAUCCUCGAAUGGUAAAGCUUCAGCUGUUACUGCCAUUGAUCGGCCCACAUGAUGGUACCGCUGUUGCCAUUGUAAAAGGUUGCUGAUAAUGAAGUGGAGCGCAGUACGAGAGGAGUGCAGUCCAGCGCCAGGAAAACCUGAGGGUGUACACUGUUGACUGUAAAUUCAAGGAAUAACUCUGAGCUGUGAAUAAACAUCAGAACAUAGCAAGAGUGGAAUAGUUGGGCAACAUCGCUCCUUGAAGUACACCACAUUGAAAAGACGCAUUAUGUGAUUAUGGAGAACGCUAACUGGCUGGGAGCAGGGCAGCCAUACUAGUGAAGGUGAGAUCAGAUGCCUCCAUGUGACCUACCCGCUCCUAGGUCACCAUGGAGGGCCAGGAUGAGAAUGACGGGGGCCCUAGCGAAAACCAGACCAACCAGCAACCCCAACUGCCGUCACAAAUUACAACUCAAGAGGUUCCCUUAAGGGAACCAGUAGGCAGUGCUAGGUCACAGGGCACAACAGUUUCAAAUGUCACUCACAAUGGUCGUGUGUACGUCCAUCACUCAAACCAAUCUAGGACUACAGCAAAUAUGGAUUCAGUCGAGUUAGGACCAGAUGCCGAUAGCCUAGCUGAGGACACAGAGACAACAGAAAGUUCUGCUACUACUGUCAUUUGUGAUUCCAGAUUUUUUUGUGCCACUCCUGAUAACCCCGACAAUAUGGACCAUUUAGACUCCCUUGACCAAAUCUCAGGUGCUGAUGAUAAUUCUGAUCUUGACCAACAACAGACUUCAAGAAGCCUUGGUUCCACACCCUCCCCACCAGCAUCUUACCAAGGGCCCAAUGCAUCUGAACUUCAAGAGGAGGCCAAAGCAUACCCUAACAGCCCCAUGGCCAAUUCCAGAGUAGAAGCUAAGAAAAAUGAACUUGAUCCUGAAGGUCCUGCAUUAACUCCAAGUCCAGCAACUUCACCCCAUCCUGAGCUUGAAACAGAUGCAUCCUCCAUAUAUCCACAAUACUCUAUUAACACAGACGAGCCUCCGAGUCUACGAUCUUCCAGCCCCUCGCUAUCGUCGGGGAUGUCAGCCUCGAGCGGACAAGGUGUCAUCCUGGAUCUCCCGGAGGAGCAAGUGGCAGCUUAUCUCGAUCGUCAUCCUCAGGUCGUGGAGAAAUGGCUGAGAGAUAGGGCACCAAGAGCGAACAUGAGAAAUCUCCGGAGCGGCCGCAACCACCUACAAGCAGACCAGCUGGGACGAGCUUGGGACUCCGAAUCCAGGGAUACACCAACCUCUGGAAAUUCAGAUCUGGGUAACGUCGUCGCCAACUAUUCAUACCCCAGCAGAAAGAACUCGAUCAGUUCCUGGCUCUCUCCCAAGAGCAAAAAGUCGAAAAAGGUGGAAAGGCUGACUGAGCCAGAACUAUUCAUGGAACUCAUCCGGGACAUCAGCACAGAGCUGGACAUCGACACCCUGUGCCACAAAAUCCUGGUGAAUGUGGGCCAUCUGACCCACGCAGACAGGGCUUCACUCUUCCUGGCUCAGGGACCAAAGAAUUCCAGGUGCUUAGUGGCAAAGCUCUUCGAUGUUACCGUGGAUACAGUACUGGAAGAGGCCCUAGCAAACGCCUCCGAGAAAGAGAUCCUGCUCCCUUGGGGCGUCGGGAUCGUGGGGCACGUGGCUAGCACCAAAGAAGUCAUCAACAUUAAAGACGCUUAUCAGGACCCUCGAUUUGAUGCCAGUAUCGACCGUAGGACGGGCUACAAAACGAUGAGUGUCCUCUGCAUGCCCGUCUGCAACUACGAAGGGGAGGUUAUAGGUGUCGCGGAAAUCAUCAACAAGAAGAAUGGAACCAACGAGUUCACACCGCAGGACGUGGAGGUAUUCAGGAGGUACUUAACAUUCUGUGGCAUCGGAAUCCAAAAUGCUCAGCUGUUCGACAUGUCAGUUCGAGAGUACAAAAGAAAUCAGCUCCUCCUCCAGUUGGCUAGAGGCAUCUUCGAAGAGCAGACUUCCUUGGACCGGCUGGUGACGAAGAUCAUGACUGAGGCUCGGGAACUCCUCAAGUGUCAGCGUUGUUCAGUCUACCUCCUUGAUCCUCAGGUAGAAGACGAGAAGGACAGUGCUGGUGGUCGUUGUACCGACGCCCCCGAAACGCCGAAGGUGGAAAAUUGUGAUGCUCUUGCCAUUCGACAGACCCUGGUGCCUCCUCCGGAAGAUCUCAUGAAGAUUCCGCUGGAGACGCUGACGGUGCACAUGGCGUUCGAGUUGCAGUCUCACGAUGGAGAGUGCAGGAUCACCCGGCCUUCCAACAACCAGUUGGCGGCCUCCGUCCACGCGCGCCUCGCAAAUUAUGUCCUGUCUACUGGUCAGACGGUGAACAUCAACGACGUCCUUGAGUGGCUGGGGACGACCCUGGACGACGGCGGGUUCAUCACCCACAACGUCCUCACCAUCCCCAUCUAUAACUCCUCCAGGAAGAUCCUCGGCGUCGCCCAGAUGAUCAAUAAGGAAAAUUGCUUACAGUUUACGGAUCAUGACAUCAACACGUUCGAAGCCUUUGCCAUUUUCUGUGGAUUGGGAAUCCAGAAUACGCAAGUCUACGAAAAAGCUUGUCGCCUCAUGGCUCGGCAGCAGGUGGCACUAGAGUGCCUCAGUUACCAUGCAACGGCAUCGCAAGAAGAUACGGAGAAGUUAAGGACAUCGGAAAUCCCAACGUCGAAGAACUUUGACCUCUAUAACUUUGACUUCUGUGUCCUGGAACUGUCGGAUGACGAGACCUUGAAAUGCGCCAUCCGGAUGUUCAUGGACCUCGACCUCCUCAAUGGCUUCCACAUCAAUUAUGAGGUGUUGUGUCGGUGGUUGCUAAGCGUCAAGAAGAAUUACAGGCCUGUGAAGUACCACAAUUGGAGACACGCCAUUACCGUCGCCCAGACAAUGUUCGCCAUGUUGAAGACGGGCAAACUCGAGCAGUUCAUGACCGAUCUGGAGAUGUUAGGACUAUUAGUGGCAUGCCUGUGCCACGAUCUGGAUCACCGAGGGACCAACAAUAGCUUCCAGACCAAGACGGACAGUCCGCUGGCCAUCCUGUACUCCACAUCCACCAUGGAACACCACCACUUCGACCAGUGCGUGAUGAUCCUCUCCCAGGAUUCCAAUAACAUCUUCCAGUCUCUAGACGCAGAGUCGUACCGCAAGGUGAUGACGCUUCUGGAGAACGCCAUCCUGAGCACCGACAUGGCCAUGUACUUCAAGAAGAAGAACAGCUUCCUCGAGCUCUCAGACAACGGCGAGUUCGACUGGCAGAGCGACGAGAAAAAGCAGCUCCUCUGCGGCAUGAUGAUGACUGCGUGCGACGUCUCCGCCAUCGCCAAACCGUGGGAGAUCCAACACAAAACCGCCAAGCUCGUAGCUGACGAGUUCUUCGAGCAAGGAGACCUCGAGCGGCUGCAGUUGAACGAGCAACCUAUGGCCAUGAUGGACCGCGAGAAAAAAGAUGAGCUGCCCAAGAUGCAAGUCGGGUUCAUUGAAGCCAUCUGUCUGCCCCUAUAUAAGGCCCUGUCGGAGUCCUUCCCCUGGGUGAAGCCGCUCUACGACGGCUGCGCCAGAAACCGAGAGCAGUGGAAGAGGUUGGCGGAACAAGUGGAUAUGGGACUGACGUGGAUUGACCACGAGUACAUUGAGAGGCCCGUCGAGAGAAACGAGGUGGAAGUCACCAGCAAGAUCACCCUCAAUCCCAAGCCGGCAUCUCAGGCAACAGCACCUUCGCCUCCAAAGGGAGAAGAGCGUGGACGCGGGCGUCUCGGCCUUGGUUCGGCGUUGAAGGGUGCUAGGGCGUUGAAAGGAGGUGGAAAGAGGCGUUCGGUGGAGAAACGCCUUGACAGAGUCAUGGAUUCAUCCACCGACCAGAGGCCAGCCAGAAUGUCGCCCAAACAGGAGACAGCGCCGUCUACGCCGAUCUCGUUGCAGGAAUCCCAGGAGUCUGGCAGUGGUCGUGACAGACAGCAGGGAAAAACGGGUAACAAGUUAAGAAGCAGACUAUGCAUACUUCUGUGACCACAUCAGGACUCAAUACUACCUAAGAAGUUACCCAGAAGAUUCUAAGGAAUUCAUUGAUUCUAUGUUUAGCUGUUCAAGGGCUUGGCCAGCCUUUUAGACUAUUUUACUCGCGAACAUAGAUUAUAUCGUUGAUCACCUGGUGGCAAGUUUGAGUCGACAGAGCGCGCCAGGGAAAAUCGGAUGGAAGUGUUUGACUGCAAUAAAAAUCAAAAAAGUGGUUUGCCCCAAGAUGCGGUGUCUUGGAAUCAUUCCGCAUUUGGUAAAAGAAAGAUCGUAUCACGAGUUCCUGUGAGGAAGACGGUGGAUCAAAAGAAAAGAGAGAAAAACAGGAAAUGUAUUUAGGAAACUACUACGUAAUGAGUAACUGUUGAAUUAAUCUUCCCUUUACUCCUGAGGCCACGAGUGAGGGCGCUUUGGGUUUCUCUCUGACCUGUUUGUAUUCAUUUUCCACUGUGCACAAUGUGAUUAUAUGCUAGUUUUCUACUGUGUCCUAACAAGUGAUAGUAGAUUUAACGUUUACAUAGAAAGAUUAUAUAAAUGAAUAUAUAUAUAUAGAGAGAGAUAUAAUUAUAUAUAUAUUAUAUAGCUAUAUUUAUGCCAACCAGCGUGCGGUUUCUUUUCAUUGUGUUGGUAUCCGGGGAUCCUGGUUGCAUUUCAGUCCCUUUGUCAUCUCGCAAACCAAAAACAGAAAGGUGGGAGAAGACGCGAUCUUGACUCCGCAGCAAUAAAUGACUGUUUAACCGUAUUCGUAGUUUCUGUCGGGUGGCCUCCCCAGGUGGAGCGUUCAGGUUUCGCCAGGUAUAAUCCGCCGAGGACUUGCGCAAAAACUUUGGAAAAUGACGACAGUAUUGCAAGGAAGGCUAAUGAGAAUCCUGCUACAAUACUUGAUGGCAAUAGACAGCUACAGAUCUGACAGAAAAUUAACCUGAAGACAGUGUUUUAGGGGAACUAGCCGUCUGGUUUUUUGACGGAGGAAUGUCUUGCUUGUACACCUCAAUGGAGGCAUAUUCCUCUUCGGAGUUCAGCGAGUAGGCCUAGGUAGUCCGUCCCUUCCUGAAUUCUGACCAUUGGGUGGAAGGCAGACUGGCUCGCGUUCCAGUUUAUUCAAAGUUGAUGAAGAUGAUAAUAGAACCAAGGAGAAUAAGAUGACAAGGCAAUAGAGAAAAGACUGAUAGAAAAUACGGAGGGAAAAGGGAAAAAGGAGAUGAAUGAGGAGGAGGGCAUAACGCCACAUUUGAAAGACUGUCGAAAUUGAGAAAAGUGAAAAUGACAGAAAGCUGUGGAAAUGACAGAAAAAAAACAGAGGAUUUUACGAGCGGAAAUGUGAAACUCCUCUUUGCAAAAAAAAAAAAAAAAAAAAAUGUAUUAAAAAAACUAGCGAAUAUGAUUAUAAUCCAAUUA